CCCCAUCACCGCCUACGUCAUCACCGUCACUCCCCCAGCUGGCACGGGCGGCGGGCGUGAGGAGCGGGUGAGCGGUCAGGACGUGCGGGCGGUGGUGUCUGGCCUGAUACCCGCAACACGAUACACCGUCAGCGUUGCGGCCGUCAACAGCGUAGGGAGAGGACGCCCGUCACCCCCCCUCACCGCCACCACGCACGAGGAGGCGCCCUCUGCCCCCCCUCAGAACGUGAAGGUGGUCGCAGUCUCCCCUACGGCACUACGGGUGACCUGGGAUCCCCCGCCCCCGAACUCCACCCACGGGACGCUCCUCGGGUACCAGCUGGGCAUCAAAACACACAGCAAGGGUGAGGGGGGUACCUACAACUUCACCAGCGUGGGGGGCGUGGGGGUGGCGGGCAGCACGCGGGUGGGGGGGCUGCGUCCUCACUCAGUGUACCUGGUGGUGGUGCGCGCUCACAACUCCAAGGGCGCCGGACCACCCUCGCCACACGUCCGCGCCGCCACGCUUCAAGACAAGCCCAGCGCACCACCAGGCCAGGUUAGGUGCGAGGCGGAGUCAUCGUCAUCAUUAGCCGUCACCUGGUCGCCGCCGUCCCCCGACCAUCGCAACGGAGACCUCACGGCGUACAGGGUUGCCUACUGGGUGUCCGCCUCCCCUGACGUGGAGGGCGAAGGGGGCAGCGUAGCGACGGACGGACAGCAAACUCGCCUGGAGGGACUCAUGCCGUGGACGAACUACAGUGUGAGUGUAUCGGCCAGCACCAGGGCGGGCCACGGCGUCGCUUCCCCGCCGCUCUCCUGCACCACGCUCCAAGACGUCCCCGAGGCCCCAGCGCGCGUGAAGGCCGUGGUGUCAGGCUCCCGGACCGCCAUCGUGUCGUGGGCCCCGCCAGCUCGCCCGCACGGCCGCCUCACGCGCUACACCGUACACUGGCUGUCGGGGGGCGGCGGCGCAUCGCUCAGCCGCCGCGUGGACCCCCAACUCACCCACCUGGCGCUGCGGGACCUGCCUCACACCGCGAACCAGGUGUGGGUGACGGCAGCGACGCAGAAGGGUGAAGGACCAGCCAGCCCCGUAGUGAUUGUUAAGCCUUCCCAUACAGUUCCAGCGGGUGUUUGGGCGGUGGGUGGCAACGUGACAGCAGCGUGGCGGGAGGACAUCAGCUUGGCGUGCGGGGCGGUGGGCGUGCCGGAGCCCACCCUCGCCUGGACCCACCAAGGAACGCCCAUACCCCACGCCAAGAGCAGGGCCAUAGUGCAGGGGGAUGGGACGCUUACCCUGGGGGACCUGGAGCGUAAGGAUGGGGGCAGAUAUACCUGUACGGCCACUAACACCCAUGGGAGGGACACGGCCACCUACCACCUCACUGUGCUGGUGCCACCAUCCUCACCCGGCCUCCAUGUGACGGAGACCACAGCCUCCUCCAUCAAGGUGCAGUGGACAGUGGAGGAUGAAGGGGGUGCCGCUGUCCUGGGGGCCACCAUACACUACAGGGCUGCGGGAGGCACAUGGACGCGAGCCACAGUGGGCGGGGAGACCACCACCUUCACCGCCCGGGAGCUGAGCUGCGGCACACUCUACCACCUCUACAUCACCGUGCAUAACCGCGUGGGCCGCAGUGAGCCGUCCCGCACCGAGGCAGCGCGCACCAAGGGCCGGCCGCCCCAGGCACCCUCACAGUUCCAGUUUGUGACGACAAACAGCACCCAGGCGACACUGUACUUGGCACAGUGGGGUGACGGGGGCUGCCCCAUCACCCACUUCACCCUCCAGUACCGCCCCCGCCCCGCCAGCCCCUGGACCACGGUGGGCACCAAAAUCCUUCCCUCCCGCACCUUCCCCCUGGGCGGACUGGCGGCGGGCGUGAGCUACGAGGUGAAGGUGGUGGCCCACAACACCGCCGGCGCCACCCCCGCCCUCUACACCGUCACCACUCCUCCACAGGGACACCCAGAGAGCGAGGUGGGUGCGGGGGUAUGGGAGAGCACGUCCCCCGCCCCGCCCCCCGCCUGGGAGGACCCCCGCGUGCUGGUGCCGGCUCUAGUGUCCGUGGGUGCCCUGCUGCUGACCCUGGCCACCGUCUGCGUGUGUGUUCGCCGACGCCCCCCAAACCAGCCCCCCAAGAAAGGCGAGGCAGCAGCAGUGGGGCCAGGGAUGGGCGGGGCAGCGGAGGAGAAGGCGGGGCGGGGGGAACAGCUCUACACAGCCCUCAGACGCCCCGCCCCGACCCCACCCUUACACGACCCACGACGAGCCUCAGGUGAAUAUCCAGGGGAGGAGCUGUACCACUAUGCCGCAGCCACUUAUCAACUCGACGGAAGUAGCCCACCGCCACCUCCGGCUCCCCCUUCGCCCCCAACCCACGCCCACCACCGCCCGCCUCCCCAGCAGGCCCGCCCUCACAAGGCUUUCACGGCACUUGUCUACCAGCCGCCGUCUCUGCAUGAUGUGGAUUCACCUAAUUUGAGUGAGGGUGAGGCCCCAGGUGGUCGUCCAGGCAUGCCCCUUCCUCAGGCGCAGGGGCUUGUGGAUUCCCAGAGCGAGGGGUACGGCAGCCUCCUGGGCCCUGGCAGCUCCCCCAUCCCAACGCCCACCCCUGGCCCGCCCCACCAACACCCCCGGCGGGCACCACGACACCCCAGGAUUGCUAGGAUCCCCCGUACUGUCCACUUCCCUUGAGGUGCUCUAAGGACUACCCCCCCUCACCCACCGCCACCACCACCACCCAUAGUAGAGGAAUAAGAGAUAUCACAACGAUGGGAACUGACUCCUUAUGGUACGGGGUGUCUGCCGAGCUACUAAUACUCUGGAUGUUGAUAUUGAAGCCGUGACAGUACCUACGUUUAAUUAAUUCACCUGAGCACUGUUGCCAGAACCACCUGUUUUCACCUACGCUGUACAUAUGGGUGUUAGUGCACUUCCGUUGUUAGUAGGGUGAGUGUUGGUAGUGUUGCAAAAAUUAUAACUUCAUCCAGUCUCUUCAUCAGUACUUUGACAUGUAUUGAGAAGUGACCAAUCAAAAUGUAGUUGUCUGUGUGACCGCCGGUGGUGACGAUUCUCUCUGUGACGCGUGACGGACAGAUUUUCCUGCGUCGCACGUGUUUAGAGUUUGUCCACUUUGUUCAACGCUGUGUGGCGGCCAGCAAGUUGUUGGCCGCACCACGCAAUCAUUGUGUGUCUGUGUGCGAUCCACUCUACUGUGCUCUGGUUGUCUGGUUGUUGUAUUCAGUAUUUUAAGUGUUGCCGUGAUCUGUUAGGUGUACAUGUGUGUGUGGGUUGUGGUCCUCAUCAGGGUGACCAUAAGUGUAUCAGUAUGCAUGCCCUCAUGCCAGCAGCUGUUCCUCCACACCAAGCUGAGGUGGGCUGUGUGUGACCUGCCCCCUGAGGGAUGUAGACCACCUGGUGCUGAGGCUGAAUGCAAGUCAGGCCAGGAAGGAGGACUCUGAGAUGCCCCUAAACCUUGCCAGGUAACCUUACAUUGAGCAACCCUGCUGGCCAGGCACUGGCCUGUGGAAAGCAACUCACCUGUGCCACAGCGCAGCACAGUGCAACAUCGUCUGUUCUUAUUGUUCUGACGCCCCUGCAGUGAUCUGCCACACACAGCACUGCAGAGGGUCAGGAGAGUCCAUCACUUGUGUUAUUACUAAGCUUGUGGGGCACACUGUUCCCUGAGAGGAGGACAAUCAUUACUCGGCUGAGACUGACCACUAAGAUCUCCCUUGGCUCUGCACGACACCCACCACCACACUCAUGACUUUGUGGUACACUGAGAUCACUCACUGACUGUGAUUCCUACCAGACAUAAAUAAUACUAUGUUACCGAGCAAUGAGUCUGAUGUUUUUCGUCAUUUCGUCUCGACACACACAACGCCUCGACUGGACUUGUGUGUGUCCAUCUGUCGCCUAAUAAAAGUUGUCAUGUUCA